UCGCGUAUAGAUUUUUUUAUUAUAUGUUAAGACUAAACCAUCACACCAUCUUUUUCUUAUCAUAUGGAAAACUUAUGAAGGGAUCUAAAAUCUCUCCUAUACAAGCAUACACUAACUUUACUUGUCCCUCAUGAUCCGUACCUCUGCCACGUGCACCGUAUAUAGCUCUAAGCAAGUGCGUCAUUGUGAAAUCGGUCAUUUGGUCCCGACGGUCGAUAUCGCCACAAUUACGAUCAGCGUCUCUUUCUUCUCGACAUGCAUCUGUGUAGGAAAAAGCUUUCGGCAUCUCACCCACCAGCAGCGAAACUUGGCAUCUUUUAUCUACUCGACAAAGUAAUGUCAAGCGUACUGCGAUUGAGUCUUCUGCUACGCACAA